CUUAGGGAAAUCAGUUUUAGUUUGUCCGUUUUGUUCACUCAGUUAAUUCGACAUUUCCACAUUCGCGCUCUCGAAAUAACACGUUCGAUGAGCUACACAUCAAAAUGAAGAGAAGAAGCAUUGACCCUUCGAAACUGAGAAGGCCUUUAAAACGUUCUCGUAUCACAGAAUCUAUUUACGGCAGGUAAAGUCGAUGUGUCGAGUCGCUCAGUGUUGUACUAGCACUGUCGUGAAUAUAAUAUAAAGGUCUUUUCUUAAAUAUGCUUUCCUCUUUAUUUCUUCUAGUGCAUUUCUGUAUGUCCGGUUUUUCUUAGUAUGGAUAAUGGUCUUGACUGCGGACUUUCUAUUGGAGUUUCGCUUUGAAUAUCUUUGGCCUUUCUGGUUACUUUUACGGAGCGCUUACGACUCAUUUAAGUACCAAGGUUUGGUAAGUUUUCAAGAAAAUUAAACCUUGCUUCUGUCGUUUCUUGCCGCUCAUUGGCCUUUUAAGUGAUCCCAGGGUUGCUAUCAUAACUGCGGUUUUUACUAAAAUUUAUUCUAAAUGUUUUGAUAGCUCUAGCAGUUUAUUUUCCGGUUAUGUUUUUCAGGCUUUCUCCCUUCUAUUUCUCACUUUGGCUUUCUGUUCGGAUCUCAUAUGUUUGAUGUUUCUACCUGUGCAUUGGUUGUUCUUUGCUGCAAGCACGUAUGUUUGGGUUCAGUACGUCUGGCAUACAGGUAAAUUACUGGACAUGCUAUCUGCCAGAAUAUUAACGGCGUUAAACGUAGUGGUAGUUGAAAACGUUGACCACUAAAUUCGCACAAGGAAGAUUUCAGUGUUUACAUUUCGUCCAGUAUUGGUGAAUCAAGAGUAUGGGAGUUACAUUCGAAGGUGGGGAAUUUCCGCGAAUGUGAUCACCGGCGCGGGAUUUCCAUAGGUGAAGUAAGAAUCCAUAAAAUUUGUAAUGAAUCUAAUGAUUCUCCGUUUCUAAUAAUUUACUGUUUUCACGUUUCAGAUCGCGGUCUAUGCUUGCCAACCGUUAGUCUAUGGUUACUGUUUGUGUAUGUAGAGGCGUCUGUACGACUUAGAGAGCUUAAAAAUCUUCCCUUUCACUUAGAUCUCUGUCGACCUUUUGCCGCUCAUUGGUAAGUAAAAUGUUUAAGUGCUUUGAAGAUGGUUUUUGGCACAAUGGGGUCAGUAAAUUAUAUUUUCAGAUCAAUAUGUGAACAGUUCAGACCUAGACGGUGAUGAACACUUCCCAACCUAAUUUACAUUUUAGCAAAAGAUUUCCUCAAACUGGCAGCUGGUUAUUCCAUGCAAAGCAGCCUUCGUUCAGAUAUCGUCGGAAGUAAACCCUUAUUGUAGUUAGAAUUCAAUGGUUGUCUUUAAAAUUUCCUCGAAAAGCCUCCUCACAUCAGUUCCUGUGGUCAUCGCAUUUUAUCAAUAAUAACAUUUUUACCGCCAAUUUGUACAUUGGUCCUGGGAGUUCUCAUUUUCGAGAGAUUAAUCAUUAAAAUCUGCUUUAUUUUGAAAAUGCUUAACUGAUAGCUAAAGAAAUAAGCUGCUUUUACUUAAAAUAAUUGAAACAUUUUAAUCAUUUUUGCUAUGAUAUAUUUUAUUAUGUCAUGGAAAACUGCACAUGUGUGAACAUUCGAGGUAUUGAAGAAUCUUAAGUGAUAUUUGAUUCAUUAAUUUUGACCACCGUGUUAUAGAGACUGUUCAUUUGAGGAAGUUUAUUCUGAUAAGGGUAGACUUUGAGGAAUUAUUUAUGUUUUUACUCAGAAAUGUUACCCUCUGCCCUUUGUACUGUUGUCCUGUGAUUUAGAGUUGUAUACCUGUCAGAUCUGCCUUACCUUUCAUUCUCAAUAUUUGCCACCAGUGUUAAUUUCAAAUUUAAGGUAAACUGUGCAGUGUUUCAAGCUAAAGUUUCUUCAAAGUUGUCUUCUGGCAACCUGAAAUCUUAAUGUGGUUGCAAGCAUAAAAUAUUGGUCACCAGAAAAAUGGACACAAUGUUAGAUGAGGUGGAUGGAAUGAUCAAAGGGGCUGUCUGUCUGUCGAGGUUUUGUAGGGCUUGAAAUUGUGACUGAUACAGUCACAUACGAUUAACAUUUUCUCCCUGGUGGCUAAGAAUUCUGGUUUAGUCACCACUUUGGAGACCAGAUUUCUCUAUGAUUUAGAUUUAAAUUAAAAGAGUAAAGUUAAAACAAACAUUUCAUGUGCCAAAUCACAUAAACAAAGCCAGUUAACCUCCAAAUUUAUACCCACUUCUGUCCACAAUAUUUUCAAACAAUCAAAUCUGAUGGAUUGCACCAUACUAAGAGCUGCUUCAUUUACAUUCUGCAAACUGGCGACUAAAAAUUUGACUUUAUUUCUCCAGUUCGACGGGAAGAUUAUUUUUUAAUUUCAAGGCCUGUUUUGCCGUGACUCUGAAACCUGAAUAACCCUAGGGAGAGAAAGGCAAAUAUUAAAGAAUUGAGAGUGUAAAUAAUAUUUCUUGCAAACGUUAAUUUCACUUAAACACAAGAAAACCAUAAACAUUAAUUAAACACUGCAGUUUGACAACUUUUGUUGGAGUUUUAAAUGAUGAAUUUUUUGUUGCCUGCCAUGGUGAUGGAAAUAGUUGGCGCUCUGGGUAGAGGAUUAAAUCGAGGGGGUGGGGUGGGUGGAAGUUGCUUGUUUGAUUUUUCUUUAAUCAUAUAUCCAUUGAAUUACAUCUCUCAAUUACAGUGUAACCUCUCCUUUGGGACACAUCUAUUUAAGGGACAUGUCCACAAUUUUGUCCUCUGUUGAAGGGACACCUGUUUGGGAAAAGGACGUUUUGGGUCCCGAAACCUGGGUUUAACCUCCAUUCAGAGGACAUCUUAGCACUAAAAAAGUUACUGACCAUAAAAAGCAUUGAUAAGUUUAAGGUAUUAGAUCUGCUAUAAACCCUUCCAUUUGAAAAAUUUAUUUCUCAAAUGAUUAAGAAUUUUGCAAAAUAAAAAUUACACAGGCCUAUCAAGCUAGAGCUGAGCUUUCAGAAAAUUGAUAUCUGAGGUGACAAUUUUUACACCUAAGGUGUUAUUUCUGAUUUAUAUCGCAGGCUCAAGAAUUCUAUAAUUCCGUAUUUCUGCCUUUCUCUCAAUGGCUAGGAAUAAAAAAAAAUUGAAACUGACUUAUACUUAGUUUGUUCAUUUACCUUUAAAUUCCUGGCAGUAGCCAGUAAAUUUUUCCUGAGAUAUAGAGGUUGAAUUUUUUUGUAAUGCCCUGUAACUUCUAGCCUGCGAACCGCAGACGCAUUUCCGGUCGUCGCUUCUCUCCCUCCGAAAAAUAGUGUCUGCGAACCCGAGCGGCAAAACGAUUUCCGUGACGUAAAACCUCUUGUUUUGAUGUAGGCCAAUCAGAUCAAAGGAUAGAAUACAGCUCGAGUGACUCCUCGCGACCUCGCGCGCUGAAGUGUCUUGGAUUUUGGAGAGAAUUACCAAAUACGCUUUGGAACGUGAAUUUCACGACCAUAACAAGGUUUCCUGCGACGUUGAAUGCUGACUUCUUUAUGAAGCAACUGCUUCUUAAGCUAUGUAUCUGAUGUGGGCCUUUGGUUUCGCGUUAUAAAAUACGGUAGUACGUGACAUAAACAAAACCUGGACAAAAUAAUCGCUACAGCGAAAGGAAAGCAACAUAGCUUAAUGACAUCGCGCUCAGACUUAUUUAUUUCAAUUUAACCAGCGCUGACAAAAGGUGGUGAAUCAAUUAUACAGGCACAUCCUUGACUGAUUCAGAAAUCUCUAACAAUCGCUCGUUAAUAAUUCUAGUAUAGCCACAACACAAUGAUCUGAAAUAUUAUAAACCUGGGCCAGACCCAGCAUGAAAUAAAUAGUUACAGCACUAAAUAGAUCAUAGUCAAAAUGACAUUUCAGCUGCGACGCUUCUACAAAUCUCAUAAAAAACUAUGGAAAUGAGAACCUUGAAAAGAACAUGUAUUUAAAGAAAUAUACCGGAACAAAUAUAAAAUGCUUUCGAUCUGAUCAAAGUUCUAUCUGAACCAAGAAGCAACCACGCAUGGGAAAUCAAUUACCACAUGUCCUACCUUUCAAAGAUAAAGGAUAUCUACUAAAAAAUAUCUAAAACGGCACACGACAAACUAUCGAAGAGUUCUCCAAGGUAUACUUUCCUGCCAGGAACCAGAAAGGAACAGAAGCAACAAAUGGCAUGAUGCGUCUACUGUCAUUAGGACAGUUAUCGUUUCAAAUAUGAUCAAAACAACUAAGUCUGAUAAAUCAUUGACUCCGUAGGCAAAUAGAUGAAAAAUGUCCUCUAAUCUUUUCUUCGAUAUGAAUCCUCUUGAUACUUAUUUCAUCUUUCAGUCCCACAAUCCUGCCAAAUUAACUUUCGUAAACGCGUCGUUCUGAUAAAAAAAGGACGGCUAUACACAAGCCACGUCGUCCUUUCAAUUUCGACUUGAAAACAUAUCCAUCGCGCACGAUCCUGCGAGAAGUCUCGCGAGUUAGUUCCUUGAUUUUAAGAGCGUGAUUGGCUAAAAAGGUUUUACGUCAUGGAAAUCGUUUUGUCGCUCUGGUUGGCAGACGCUAUUUUUCGGAGGGAGAGAAGCGACGACCGGAAAUGCGUCUGCGGUUCGCAGGCUAUGUAACUUCAGGCCGCCGUAAAAAUUCCAAAAUAUUCUGGGAAUUGCGGGAAUUCAAUACAUUUUUCCUUUACAUUAUGUGAAUAAACCUGGCAAAUUUCAGCGUGGUAUUAUAAAUCUUCAUCUUUUUAUAGCGAUUUGUUUUCACGGCGGUUCAACACAGCCACAAAAUUGCUCUUAAAUCGCCGUUAAUUUUCGUCACGCUGUGCUGUUUUCUUCGUCGCCAUCUUGAUUUCUUACGAGUAAACCGCUGUUCUUAAUGUUUAUUGUGACACUGACCCGAUUGUAGCACGGAAAGUGGUGAGAAAAUACGAAAGUCUUUGUUUGAACUUGUCGCGUGACGUGCUCUCAAUAUGGCGUCAUAAACAGUGUUUUAACCUUAGCAACGUGCUAAUUUGCAUAAUAGAUCAUUAAACUGCGGCCUUAUCUGUCAUCGACUUUACAAGGAUCUUAUAUCUGUGUCUCUAGAAGGCUUUUUACGGCCAUAGACAUGAUUUAGAAAUAUCAAAACAAUCAUACUUAAUUUGGGGAAGCAGAAUGUUAGGGAAUUUUGCUACAAUUUGCCUUGGCUUAUUUGAAACUCAUAACAUGUUAUUGCGUGUCGGGUUGUAAAAAUUGCAACAUUUCUAUCAACGACGGAAACUAUCACUUCGGAUUUCAGCCCUGUGAUUAUAAAUAUUUCCAAAAAAGCGCUUUUAGAUACCAACUUUGGCCUUCAUUUUCUCACCUUAUAUUUAAUGAAAAUGCUUCAUUUUUGGAAUUUGAGUUCAGGUCAAGAGUACAUUUCAAAUAAGAGAUUUUAUACGCAUGAUCAUUUUUUGACUUUAUAGCAGUUCUAAUAUCUUAAGUAUACACCAGUCACAAUGACGACAACUUUCGCAACAUGAACGGUUUCACCGAAAUCAAAUGAAUGUACCACAUUCACACAAAAGUUUGCUUAGAUAAGUUAAUCAUGUCUUUUAUGCAUUAUCUAGUUGCCUGAAAUAUUGGCUGUAUUCACACUGGAGAUGGAUUAUCCAUCUGAGAAAGGUUAUCCGUUGGAUAAUUCGCAUCAGAUAGAUAAUACGUCUUAAUUUGAACAUGAAACCAUUUUAAUUUUGGAUAUACAAUCCACUUGACUUUAUCCAUCUGUUCUUCCCUCAAUUUUGAUGGAUUUUGAAGAUGGAUUAUCCAUCUCAGACGGUUACCCUCUAGUUUAAUUAUUAUUUUUUAUUUAAUUAUUUAUUUUUUAUCGUAAAUAACAUUGUCCGUUAAAUUUCAAGGUAAUAUCUAAAUAAUAUUAUGUAUUAAUUUACUGAGCUGUGUUUGUAAAGUAGGAGCAGAGUUUGUAUACUUAACCACAUUCUGCUGAAUGUAGAUGUAAAUAUUGGUGAACAAAUCUGUUUUCUUGAAAUAUCUUUGACACUAAUUUGUGGAUGGAAUAAUGAACAAACUUUCCAAAUAAUAAGGAAUGUAUCAUGUCUGUUUUCUGUCUGGUACUGUGGAAACCUGGCAAUAUUGGUUGAUUUGUAUCAGUUUUUUUCUACUUUUCCUAAUUAGACUCUUAUUUAUUUUGGGCCCAUGGGGUUAAAUUUGUCAUAUGCUACAGUCAUUAAAGAAAUUCUUAGUUAGCAUCCAUGGAUGCAGCAAAGCUCAAAACCCUUUAGAAAUUCCUGAAAUGAUCUUUAUUUUUACACUUAUUUUGGACUUAUAAGCCCUUAAAUACCUUCUGUACUUGUGAGGUAAGGAGUUGCUUCUGGUUAUUCAUCCAGUAGUAUUAACCAGUCAUUAUACUUUUUCUUUGCAGUAUUGGUUAUCCUGUGGUGACACUUGGUUAUGGGGUUAAAAGCUAUGUUGGCUAUAAAAUGCGUCAGGUAAGAACAGUUAGUCUUAUUUACAACUAUAAUAUGUUUACUUCUGUUAAGGACCAGUGUUGCGUGUUGAAAUUUAUCAAAGUGUGUCUUUUGACUUGCAUCUUUAUUACGCAUUUGAAAGUGGUUCUUUUCAAUAGAGUUUCGGGUCAAACUAAAACAUAAUGCUUAAGUUAUGCUGACUUUUAGAGAUACUUACUGAACUCUUCUCCCUCAGAUAGCAAGGCAGCUCAGUAUUUAUGUUCUUUUUUUGGCUUUCAUUGUUCUGUACUAAAAUUAUUAGGAAAACUUUUUGUGCUUUUACAGCGAAGAGUCCAACAUGUGGCAAAAGAAAAUGAGUUUUAUAUGCAGCUUAUUAACCUUGCACUGCCACCUGAGACAAAUAAUCACACAGAGGCCACAGAGAGGCCAUCAUCCAGAGGUAUGGCUUUUGAAAUACUCUUAUAUGGUACUAGUAAUAACCAAAGAUUGCAGAUUGUGGGUGACAUUGAUCAAAGGUCAUAAUACUUUUGCUCCAGUGCUGUGCUUUGUGUAGAAAUCACUUGAUAGAUAGUUAAAACACACAGGAUUAGAUUAUGAGACAUAGAAGGUCCAAAGAUCACAUUCUGUGUAUUCCAUUUAUUCUCAGUGGAGGUCCAAAAGGAGCUGGCUAUAUACUUGCUGUGCAUGUAUAAUAGCAACCUGGAGAUUAUGAUUGCGGGCUCCUCUUGUUGCCCAAAAAUAUGCUGGUGACAUGCUAGCCUUGUUGUAGUAAGUUACAAUUCUGUUAAAAAGAAAACCGCAGACUUCAAAGGGGCCAGGGGCCUGGGGCCCAUUUCUCAAAAGUCUUAAUAAUAAAUGGGGCGGGAAAGUUACUGUUGUUUACAUUCAAGAUCGAGGUUUCAAUAGUUUUCCAGAUAAUAAUAUGACAAAAAUAUCAAUUAACAAAACAAAAUGGAGUUGUUUGUUAGCUAAAACCUGCACUCUUAUUCUUCCUAUUUUCUUCAUAUUUGAUUAAGGGCCUGAAAAGUUACUGGGACUUUCAAAAGAAAGGCCCAAAGGAUUGGGGAUUUCCUUAUGGCUACUUUGUAUGCAAACGCUGGCUACUUCAAUAGGAAAUUAGGAGAAAGAUUGAACCAGAGGAAAUCCCUAGCUGCUUUAUUCCAAGCCUACUUUUUGUAUUUACCACUACAACUUGAAAUCUUGGUGAUAGCCCUGGGCUGAUAUUGUCCUGUUCAAAGGCCACUGUAGUUUGAACCAAUCUUUCACACAGCUCUUUUUAAUCCUCACUGAGAAUAUUAUGUUUUUGUUUACUUGCUUUGCAGCUAUUUGUAAUGGCAAAGUUGCAAAUGGAGAUGUAUCAUUACCAAGAGGACGGUCACUUCCUCUUAUGACAAAUGGGAUAAAUACAAAAACUGAUCUUGAUCUCAUUAUAGCAAAAGAAGCUAGCCGUCGUGGAUUAAAAUUAAGUGAUAUAGAGUCAAGAGCUACUUUAAAAGGAAAUAAUUCUUUAGAUGUUCAUCCUUCAAAGAAGACUAGCGAAGACCAUAACUUAAAUGAACUUGACAAGCUGUCUCUGGAGGAAAAACAAAAGAGCAGUAAAGGAGGGCAUCAUAAUCGCACUGCUUCUUUUGGAGUCUUUUCAAAGAAGAAACAUGUUGGAAAACAUAAUGAUGAGGAUGAUGAUGAGAAUGAGGAGACAGAUAGUGAUUCUCUGAGUGCAUCUGGUAGCUCCAUUAAUAACAGUCGUAAGAACAGUAGGAGUAAUUCUCCCAAGGUAACAACAUUUGCUUUUUAUAAAUAAAUAAAUUAAUUAAUUAAUAAUGAUUUAAAGGUAACAUGUCCACUUACUGCCUGUUUCCUGGUCAAAUUGGAAUUUGGAAAUGUUGGUUUUUGAGAAGGGAAAACUGAAAUAGUGGGAGAAAAACAGCAAAGGAGAGGACCAACAACAAACUUAACCCUUAUUUAACCCACGUAUGGCUUUGAAGUAGGGACUUAAACCCUGACUACCUUGGUGGGAGGCAAGUGCUCUCACUGCUGUGCCACCAAAGGCACCACCCUUGUAUUUUUGCAUAGGGUUAAGGGAGGUAGGAAAAACAUGUGGUACUGUAAAAACCUGCAUUUAAGAACCCCUGUUUGUUUCACAGUUCUGACUUUCGCUUAAUGUCUUUCACAUUGCGUCCUCUUCAUCAAAAUGUGUCAUGUUUUAUAUUAAAUGUUGCAUUUUGAGUUGGUUUUACACAGUUUAUUUCUUUCUUCAGGGGCAUGAGAAAUCUCAGUCUGUUGACCUUGGACCCAGUGUUUUCUCACAACUGAAAGAGGAGCGGCUGUUACGGUAAAAACACUGUUACACUUCACGUCAUUCACUUACCACUUAUUGAACUGGGUAUCGGGAAGAGGGGGAAACUCUGUCAAAUUUUGAGUGGGACGCGCUUCAGCAUUUCUCUGAUUCCUGGAACCCUCAUCCCAGACUAACUCUAAAUAUGCAUACAACUAACCGAUUUCCCUUAAACCGUACAGUACCCUGUUCUAGACCAAAAUCCUCUGAUUUCUAUCUGCUUUCAUGAAGCUCUUCGGACUACAAUUGGCGUUUGUACUAAUUUCGUUCACGUAUUUUCUGGCAUGAAACUAUUGUUUUAAGGGUACGGUCUAUUCUUUCUUUUGAGUGUUAAUGUUUUUCUCACCCAAUUAUCUUUCACCUGGCCCAUUUCUACACCCCAUCCCAGAAUAAACUGCUUGAAAAUCCGACCCUUCACUGUCACCUCUCUCCAUAGCCUGUAUGAAUUUCUAAAAAUAGAAUAACUGAGCUUCACAUAAACGCGGGCCAACUUGUUAAGAGUUCAAACCACUAUAGACACUGGUCUUACUGGAAAGUCAAGAUGCCAAAGCGGAUACCACAGUAUAAAUUGACAGACUGAGCAAUACACUUGUCCUUCGUUGUUCCAAAGCUGGAUAGCGCUACUUACCGGAUAAAUCACUAUCCAGCGGAUAUAAAACCAAUUGCGUUACCCUCUGGGUAGAGAUUUAUCCAGUGGAUAGCACUUAAUCCACGUUUUAAAUAACUGGGGCCUGAAGGUGUCUGUGGGAGAUUUCAUUGUAAUCCUUUUCCGUUUCAGUCGUCGUGCGGAGAGUAGUCUCAGUCAGUUGGAGAAUGACAGCAAGCGACUGCGGGUAGAGCUGCAGACAAGCCGUCAAGGGGAGCAAGAGCUGAGAUCCACCAUGCAUAGCUUAAUGGCCAGUGAACGCUCCACCAAGGUGGAACUGCAGCAGCUCAAGUCUGAAUGUGAAGUUAUACAACAAAAGUAAGUGAGAUCGGCAUGGUAUUAUAAAUUUUGGUAAUAGGACUCAGUGGACUUGGGAGGUACAUGCAUAGAAUUUACUUAAUCCAUGCUAGUCCGCGAGCGGUUGUCUUUCUGUCCUCAGAUCCACGCGCGGCGAGCGAAAAAGUCAAAUUAUGCAUAUAAAUGGUAAAAAGGAGGAGAGAUCGAGUGCGGAGAGAGCUUCCGCCCUCGAGCAUGUCUCGCCAAAUGACCUUUUUCCUCAGUCUGUGAAUAAAAUUGUCUGUCGGUCGACGGUUGGUCUUCUGUCGGUUUACGGGAGUUGUUCUUCACAAUUACCAAAGAUACUGAGACAGGCAAAGAGAAACUUGCCACACUCGCUCAACUAUCCAAAGAACGGAUGAAGACAUCCACACUGAAUUAAUCUUAUUCCUGUUCUAUAUUAAUGACAUCCUUUGUAUACCAAAGUUGGGUAAUUUAUAGUGUUGUUAUCUUAAAAAUCCUACAGGCUGCAGACCAUGUCCACGCAGCGGCAGCAAGAUCGCAACUCAAUGGCAUCUUUGGAGCGCAAGUUAAAAACAGAGCGCGAUGCGAGGCUUUUGGCUGAAAGUCAGCUUCGCGAUGAGCGCAGACGACAGAAAGCAGAAGAUGCUGCGGCCAAACAACGCGACGAGACCACCGGGCAUGAUGCGUGUAAUGCACUUCGUUCCGAGCUGGAGGAAGAUAGCCGACAACUGCGCGCUUUACUGCAGGAAAAGGAGGAAGAAAUUAAACGUCUUGAAAGCGAAUCUGAAACACUGAGGCAGAAGACUCGUGAGUAUGACAGUAUGCAAUUAAAGAAGGAAACAGAAGUGCUAAUGUCCGCUCUUACUGCAAUGCAAGGCAAGAACACUCACUUAGAGAACAGUCUAAGCUCGGAGACGCGCUUGAAACUGGAUCUGUUCUCAGCGUUAGGUGAUACUCGACGUCAACUGGAGAUAGCGCAGGCGAAUAUCAAGACCAAAGAUCGGGAAAUUGAAGCUUUCAAGCGUAAGAUUGCCGAGGUCAUGGCUCUUGUGCCCGCUGCUACCACCUAUACUACCGGAGAUUCCCCCGGAGUUCCGCCUCACACCCCUCGUUACGCCUCCAAUCAUCUCAUCGGCCCCAAUCACAUCGAUUUGGCAGGGAGUGGGUUGGACCCCAGCGCUCCUUGCUACAUUCCCUCAUGUAAAAGCCCUAAAGGUUUGCUGUAAGCCCACACUUAGUUCGGGGCUUGUUUAGUUUACUGCUGCCCGGAAUUAAUUUUAGUUUGUUACGGUCUCACAUGGUGAAUAAACGGUGAAUAAAAUUUAACGUGAACGAACCAAGUUCUACCUUCAGGGACGGACGUUUUGUGUGCCUGUCACGGCGUAAUUGCCUUGUGGAAAUUUUGCUUCGGGAAUAUAUCCCGAGAGAAAGGGAUUACUCGAAUUCUGGCAGAAUUGACAGAUUAUGUGAUGAACACAAAUGUUUUUUUGUAGUUGUACACAUUUUCGUCUUCUGUCACGAACGUCGUUCUGUACAAUGUGAGUUUGUAACAGGCUUAAUUUGUUCUUAAAUUAUAGUGUUCUUAAGUUAUUGGGUUUGCGCAACAAGUUAAGCAAGCAAAUACGGUAUUUUUCUGGGCUUGCAUAUCAUAGUUUACGUGUCGUUAGAAGUAACCACAGAUGUUAUCCCAGUUUCAAGACGAAAAGUUUUAAACAUUGUCAAACUUUCACCUGAUACUCAUUACUUCCAAUUUUGAACUGUUUCUUUAUUUAAUAUGCGUUAACGAAUUCUCGUAUGAAAACGUCUUCAUCUAUCUAAUUCCUUCUCUUUGCAAAAUAACACAUUUUCUGGUUGCAAGAAUUAUCUUCAUAAGGAGAGCUUUCUUUGAGACGAUCUUACAUUCUAUCAAAUAGAAAUGUAAAUUAGGGAUUUGAAUUCUGAGGUGAGAAACUGGCCAAUUCAAUAAAAAAUUUCAAAGAAAAGUAAAUGCGGUCGAUUUGAAAUGGAGUUAGCUGCGAGCUCAGAAACGUAGGCUUAUUUUGAGAAAAUAGUCUUCAAUUUCGAGUGUGAAUCGACCAAAGGAGCUCGAUCUAGAUUCGUCAACAAGUAUAUACCACUCU